CAACUUCACCAGGUUUUGUUUCAGAAUCCUUAUGCUUCCUAUCCAGACGCAAUAACCACUCGAAAUAUCCAUCUCGGCGCUCUUAGAACACCACCGUGAAAUGAAUUACCCCGUAUCCUGCGCAAACUGUGGCAAGCCAGCAACGACGAGAUGCUCCGGCUGUUUGACCGCGCCGGAGUAUCGACCUGGGGAUGCCCCAGCGACCGCGUACUGCGAUUCCAAAUGUCAACAACAGCAAUGGCCGACGCACAAAGUGCAGUGUCGCAUACUGAACAAGCGAAGAACCCUGCUAAGAAUUGCAGAGCUGUUGAAGACCGCCUUGUUCGCUUAUCGCGAAUGCGUGUAUGAUAUCCCUCUAACCGAAGUCAAGUAUGAGGAAGGCAUCCUCCGCUUACUGCUGGAUCCGAGGAAGAUCCCGUACCGUCCCUGGCAGAUUCCCUUCCCGAGCGACCUGAACAUCAGUCCUCAGCAUAAAGAAGCAGCCUUAGCAACCAACCAAUGCACGACUGCCCAAUGCCUUCUCGGACCCCUGGCUCGCUAUCUUCUCGGAGGAAUCGAAUCGACAUUCAAGGUCGUCGAAGUAAAUGCCGAGCCGAUAGUUCCGUGGAAGUUCGUAUGGCUGAGCGAUUCUAAGGACGAGCUGCGAAGCCUCGCCUGUACCGCCGUGACGCACACUAUCCUGCUCGUCUGGCUGCGCGGCGAGGGGUGGGUCAUCGAUACGACAGGAUGCCAGUUCGGCUUUGGGGACGUCCUCGUCCCGCUGAACACCUACUUCAAGAAGAGGGUGAAGAGCCUCGCCCGCGGACCAUUCGCGUAUACCGAGCACGAAACCAGCGACCUCGACGUCUUCGACUGCAAACUGGCUCUUAACGAUACCGACACGAAGCGUCUAAAAGCCGCACACGAGCGAGCGGGCCGCUUGCACUUUGCAAAGUUCGUCCGGGAACGUUUCGACCGCUACGAAUCCCCGCGUCCCUCGGAAGAGCUCCUGGGCGGUUCCUCGGAGGAGUUCCAGGUUAGGCUUGCUCGCUUCAAGGGCGAUUUGAAAGUACACAUGGCCAGUUUUGUGGACUUUGCUUCUGGAAAGGAACGUUUAAGCGAGUCUGGUUGACGUUUGAAUUUCCUUAUCGACUUGUGAUAGUAUAUUAUGGUUUCUGGGCUUCGGGUAUUCUCAAAUAACUACCGAAGCAACGGAUUAGUUUGAAAGUCGUUUACCUUGAUCCAUUAGAGGUACAUUUAUUUUCCUUCGUUUUGUAGGUGGAUUGGUAUUCAUUCACUAACGUCUAUGCGAAGCGACCUACUAAGUUUAAUUAUCUGUAACAAGGGC